CUCACCAGGAGGAGGAUGGAGCCGCGCCGCGCCCGCCGGGUCCCCACGCUGCUGCUCGUUCUGGUUUUCUAUCUUCUUCAAGCAGUCUUCAGUACAACUGUGAUUCCUUCAUGUAUCCCAGGAGAGUCGGGAGAUAACUGCACAGCAUUAGUUCAAACUGAAGAUAAUCCACGUGUGGCUCAAGUGUCAAUAACAAAGUGUAGUGCUGAUAUGAAUGGCUACUGUUUGCACGGACAGUGCAUCUACCUGGUAGACAUGAGUGAAAAUUACUGCAGGUGUGAAGUAGGUUACACUGGUGUCCGGUGUGAGCAUUUCUUUUUAACCGUCCAAAAACCUCUGAGCAAAGAAUAUGUGGCUUUGACCGUGAUUCUUGUUAUCUUGUUCCUUGUCAUAGUUGCUGGUUCCAUAUACUACUUCUGCAGAUGGUAUAGAAAUCGAAAAAGUAAAGAACCAAAGAAGGAAUAUGAAAGAGUGACGUCAGGGGAUCCGGCAUUGCCGCAAGUCUGAAUGGUGCCAUUAAGCUUAUGGGCAGGAUGCACUGCAUGCCUGGUUAUGUUAAUAUUCCUAUUUUAUUAAUAAUAUUUAUGUGGGGUCAUAUGUUAAGUCAACAAUGAUGUAUUUUUUAAUAUACUAAGAAAAGUUUUUAUUUUUGUUUUAUUUUUAACAGAUUGCUAAUGUGUAAUGUACACAAAAUAUUUAAUAUAAAAGGAAAGUGGAUAUUUUUGUAAGAAAUCCUUUUCUGGGCUAAAUGCUUUACUGAAAACUUUUUGCCUGGUAUACAGUUCAUAGGAGUGAGCAAUGCCCAGUUCAUUGUUUAGAAAGUGUCAGCACGUGAUAGAUUUCUAUAAGCCUAGAAUAUGGUCAAACCAAUUUAAUAUAUUUUUCUACUCCUCGAAUCAAUGAUAAUUGGUUUGACUGUAUCAGAGUUUGGUGUUUGAGUUGGCACCACUCUGCCAUGUAUUGAAACAGUAAUGCUAUGGGAAUUGGGGAGAAGCAAAUAUAGAUCUUGGGCUAAACACUACACCCUCUGUUCCCCCCGCUCACACAUCCUCACUGUUUACUGCCUGGAAGGAAUGUGCACAAUUCUCUAUGCCCAUUCACAGCUCCUAUGGAUAUUAGUCAUCCAUCUAACACAGGGGUCCCCAACCCCCGGCCACAGACUGCUCCCAGUCUACAGCUGGUUAGAAAUGGGCCACACAUCAGGAGGUGAGUGGCAGGCAAGCAAGCAAAGCUUCAUGUGUAUUUACAGCCUCUCCCCAUCACUCACUUCUCCCUGGUGCAUGGAAAAAUUGUCCUCCACAAAACCAGUCCCUGGAGCCAAAAAGAUUGGGGACUGCUGAUCUAAUAGAUUUUCCUUAAGAAAAUGAAUUGAGAAAACUUUUACCAUCUUUUAUGUAAUUUUAUGUAUAGCUUCACAAUGUUCUUUUUUUUUUUUUUCAGUACAACAUUUAUGUUAGGUAACUGUUGCUCAUGAACUAAUAAAAAAAAUCCACACAUGAAGCCAAAAUUUGUGCUUCUUUUUUGAAGAGUAUUUAUUUCUAUAUGAACUUUGCUAAAGAAUUCUACAAUUAAAUCAGAGUCCAAAAUUUGAUGGACUAAGUGUUAAAGUAUAAUAUAAGACAGUUAUUCUAUAUAUGGUCUAAACAGAUCUAAAAGCAUAUUUGUUUCCCAGUAAUAUAGCUGAAAUCAAAUGUGCUGUGUAAAAAUAUGUUUUAAAUCCUACACGUCCUUAUUGACAUCUACUGUAUGUAAGGGAGGUCUGCUUAUUUCGAGUGAUAUUGAUUGCUUCAAAGAAAAUUUAUUGACAAACCAAGAAAUCUUCUGAAAUCCAUUUAUUUUGUUACAAAAGGGAAUCAUAUUGGUUUAUCCUGAGCAUUUCAAUUCAUAUUACAUAAUUAAUUGUAAGUGGUUUGGGAUGUUAAAUCUUUAUUUAAGGAUGCUUAAAUAAAGAUUAAAAACUAGCCCCUGUAAAAGUUAAAUUUUUAUUUAUAAUUUGAUAUUAAAUAAUAAAAAAGAUAGGACACAGAUUGCUUUUAUGGGUGAAAAUUAAUUUUAAAAAUGUUUUAGUGAAGAUUAUGCUGAGCAAACAUUAAAAAACCAUUGCUAUUAGCUCAUGUUUCUUACAAACAAUGAAAAAAAAUUGGCUCAUAUUUAGUCUGACUUCCUUAUUUUACAAAUUUCUCACUAUAUAUAUUUCUGGAAAGAUCCAUCUAUAUCUAAUGUAUUGAGACUAAAUGCAAACCAAUGCAUGAAUACCUGGAUUGUGGCUUCCCACCAAGACCACACAGUAACCCAGUAGACAUACUCUGUAACCAAAGAGGUUCUAAGAUUGAUGCUAAAGAUGUAACCUCACAAUCAAGAUUGGUGUGACAUAUUAAAUAUUUAAAAUACAAUCAAAUGCCACUGUUCUUUUGGACAUUCUUUGUUCUUAUCUCUCUGCCGAAGUCAAAGCAAGGAGACAGAUGGUGCAUUGGGAGGACAGAUUUUUAUUUUUGAGUCCUGAAAGAGGAUUAGUUAAAUUCAACUGCUCUGAGGUGUCAGAUCAAUUUCUAUGUACCAAAUACAUGAUACUGGCUUCUAAUUUCUGUUGAAUUCAGUAGUGCAGUUUUUAAAAACUCAUGUCUGAUUCAUUUUGCCAUUUUUGCUGCAGCAGUCAGUAUGUAGACUUUUGGGGGAAAAUGUGUUUAACUUGCUGCCCAAUACUUUCUGAUUUCUUUCUACUCUUAUUCAUAUGGGAAAACGGGGAGUCACAGCUUUUAUAUAAACAGUGUUGCUUGAGUAAAAUUUAAUGUUUUGACUGACGAAUAAUUUUAUCUAAAACAUGCCUGUUAUUCAAGUUGGAUGAGGUUAAAUGUAAGAAAGUGAAUUUCUCUCUGCUUUUUUUGCACUCUGUAAUUGCACUUUUUAAGUUUGAAGAGCCAUUUUGGUAUACAGUUUAUAUUAAAGACGCUAUAGAACAUAAAGUUGUAUCACAUGCAGUUUAAAGUAACUUAUUUGACAAUGAAUUUUAUCAGAGUACUGAAUUGUAUCAAUUUGUUUGUGUUCAAUAUCAGCUUUGAUAAUUGUGUACCUUAAGAUAUUGAAGGAGACUAUAGAUACUUCACAGGAUAUUAUUAAUUUUUAUUUAUUUUUUGUUGGAAACUGGAAAAAACAAAAUUGAAAAAUAAAAAUGCAUGAAACACCUUGCAUUGAAAAUGUCACUGAU